AUGGAGGUCGAGUCCAGUGCGGUUUCUUCUCCACAGAUACCUCCGAAUGAUUCCUCCGAAUCGGCAGAAUCCAACCCAGACGGGCUCCCGAAUCCGACCCGACCAGCAACGACGAAUGCCGCUGCGUCAAGAAGGCACAUCAAGGGACUGUCCCUGAAUUUCCCCGUCCUGGUGCCCACGAAUAUCGGAUACUCGCAGUCUCCAACCCUGGGGUCUGGAGUGCAGAGCCCGAUCGAAUCAGCCAAGUCCUCGCCACUUACUCGAAGCGUCCCUUUCAGAAGUCCCGAUCCCGCAGCUGAACCGCAGGAAAAGGCUAAGACAAGAGGCAGCGCAGAGUUCCUGACACUGCUGGCGGCACAAGAAAGAAAAGUCCUCGAGUUGAAGGAGGAACUCCAGCGGGCAGAGGCGGACUUGCUGGUACUGAAGAAGCAAUGGGCGGCCUACGAAGCGAAUAAGAAGAGGGACGAAGUCAGACAAGUGAAGAAAAAACAGCCUGUGGCCUUGGGCGAAGUCGGCGGCGGCGAAGGAGUGGUUGCAGACGACCACUUAGACGAAGAACGAAGGCGAAAGCGAGCACUGGUGGAGAGAAGCUACACGGCUCAGCCAGCUACGGCGAGCAAUGCAGGAUCGAAUGGUUUGACGAGAAAGGGAUCCAAGCGGGUUUUCGAAGGAGGUCGACAUACUAGAACUUUGAGCUUGCUCAGUCCGACCUCUACAAAGGUUCCAAGCAAACAGACGGAGGAGACACAAAAUGCGCUGGAUCAGACACCAAUCGUCGAUGGCGGAGAGUUUACUAGGCCCUCGCUGUCGCGGAUGGCGACCCUCGACAGCCUAAUAUCCGGUGAUGCACUUCCUCUUGGGUUUGGAAAGACGUACAAAGAUCUCGCAGCACAUCGGAGAUCGCUACCUCCAGUGGCAGCAGAUAUGUUGGUGAAACAGGGGAAACAAGUUUACGACGGGGUUCGGGAUGGUUUAUGGACGUUCUUCGAGGACAUCCGGCAAGCCACGGUGGGAGAAGAGGGAAUCAAUGGAACCGUCGCUCAGCAGCGCUCUGCAAGGCCUCCUCAGAGAAAGGCCUCGAGAAAGCCAUCGGACAAACAGGGCAAAUCAAAUCCCAAGGGCCGCACUGAAACGCCUGAUUCGCAUCACAUGGAACCGUCGUUCUGGAACGAAUUCGGGCUGGACACUCCACACAAGAACUCGACUCAACCAAAGGUGGUGGAGAAACCUAAUGGACAUGUUCAGCAGAAGAGUAGCACCGACUCAUCGAACACGCCUAGUCUGCUACCAGAUUUGAACGACAAUGAUGACGUCGAAGAUGCUUGGGAUGCGUGGGACUCCCCCGUGAGCACUCGAGGACCCCUAAUUGCGGGGAUGGAGGACACCAGACAAAGGCCAGCUGGCGGAGAAGGUGGCCUUCCUUGGCCAGAGCUAGAGAGAAUCACUCCAAGCAAGCUCACCCGGACAGUCAGUGAUCUGAUGAAGGAGUGGGAUUCAACUCAGGACGACCCAACCAAAACCACCGGAUUAGAGCAUGGGCAGAUGCACAUACUUGACAGCCCACAUAUGUGA